UUUACUAAAAGAUAAGCAGUCUCUUUUAGCAUAUCCUAUAGCCAUGACUGCAAAACUAGUAAGAAAAUGCUUGGUUUUGCUGGUUUUAGUUCUCUUGCUUGUUGUUCCUGCAUUUUCUUUUCCAUUAAAAAGACGAAAAUCUUUGAAUGUGAUCAAAGAAAUAAACCACGAAGGGCCUUAUCUUGGUCUGGUUACAGUGUAUCCACCUGAAGAGAAUGCUUUUUUUGCUACUGGGAUUUUCAAGCCUCAAAGGACUGUGGAUUUGUCAGGCAGACGAUUUCUGGUGGGGAAGAUCCAUGAGAAGAAAGUUAUCUAUGUGAGAUGUGGAGUUGGAAUGGUGAACGCAGCUGUAGCAACUCAACAGAUGCUGGAUCUAUUUGACAUAAAAGGAAUUGUCCAUUUUGGCAUUGCUGGGAAUUUAAAUGAUUCUUUGUCCAUUGGAGAUGUUUCCAUUCCCAAACAAAUUGCUCACACCGGUAUUUGGGGGUGGCAGAACCCCAAGGGAAAAUUGGACCCUAAGUAUGUUUCUCACAUGGAUGUGGCAAGCUACAAUGUACCGAAAGGUAAUGGAAGUAAUUUGUUGGGGCGUAUUGGAUAUAGAAAAGAGGAAUUCUUCACCGAGUUGGGGAAGCCCAAUGCAGCUCGGCCACUGGUUUGGGCACAAAUUAGUCAGCAUUGGCUGCAUCUUGCUCACAACUUGAAGAAGAUUGAACUAGAAGGGUGUGUGAAUUCAAGCCUGUGCCUCCCACGAAAGCCAAAGCUAGUAGUGGGACUGAGGGGGUCAACAGCCAACAUAUUUGUGGAUAAUGCAGCUUACAGGAAUUUUCUGGUUCGGACCUUUCAGGUGUCAUCAGCAGAUAUGGAGAGUUCAGCUGUAGUAAUGACAAGCUUGUCAAAUGGCUUCCCAGUGAUAGUCAUCAGAGGGCUAUCAGAUUUAGCUGGAGGUCAACCCGGAGAGAAUGCAAUUGGGAUAUUUAGAUCCCUUGCAGCACUGAAUGCUGCCAAAGUGGUUGCUCAAUUUAUCAAGGCAUUGCCUCAUGACACUUCUUGAGACUUCUACAAUGAUGUAAUUUCUUAGUUGUUGAGGUGUAAUAGUAAGUUAUUGAAUAGUCGUUCUGCGUACUAAACGUGCUCUAAGAAUUGCUAGACACGAGCAACAAGGGAACACAGUCAAAGCGGAAAAUAAAUUGUAAAAAUUUGCAAUGUGCUAUUAAUAUGGGCUGUAGAGACAACU